UGCUUACUGAGGACCAAGCAAUCUUCAGUGAAUAGCUGGAGCAACUUUAAGCCUACUUAGAUAAAGAAGGAAAAAACCAACUUUACCUGCUGUUAAUUAUACUUGAGACUCUUCAUAUUGGCCUGUUCAUUGUAAGGAUGCAAGACAGAAGCUGUGGCCAGGCAUUACCUCUUUCCUUAAUGCUGAAGGAGGCUUACUGUGCAGAGAGAGGCACCAAUAAGGGAUAUCCUGAAAAUAUGUCAGAAGCUUCAUCCUACCGUGACUUUUUCUAUGAUUCCCUAUCAGACAUACAGAAUGGGGAAUUUUCAAAUGAACUUUCUGCCUUCCUUACCCAGGAGGAGAUAUGUAAGAGCCUUGACAUAGCUCGGGAAGCCAUUGCCAAUUCCAUGAAGGAGGAUCAGAAUGCAGCACCAGACUUUACUCAUUAUUUCAACACCGCUCUUUCUAGCACUCCAGAAAAUCCUUCUUCCAGGGAUACCAAACUGCGUGAGCAAGAUGCAUUACAGAGGCCUCAAGCAAGUAGUCUGACUUCAUCUGCUGCAAGUCACGUUCUCCCAGGGAAUCAGAAAGAGCAAUCCACCGCACCUCAGACAGCAAGUAGUUUUGUCACAGUUUCCAGGAGGCAAGCAAGCACCUCACCUUUGCUAACUGCUAGUCCCAGCUUUAUUAGAAACCUGAAACAUUUGGAGAAAGAUGGUCCAGGUGUGCCUAAGACAAACCCAAAGUCUGAAUCGGCAUCCCAGGGAGAAGUUCCUUUCAGGAACAAGCUGUGUGACAAAGCUGCCACAUUCAUAGAGGAACUGUCAUCUAUAUUUAGACAGGCAGCAAAGACAAGAGGCCGAAGUCCUGAUGGGGACUCUUCUUCUCCAGACAGUGGAUACCUGUCUCCUAAAAAGAAACAACCAGAUGUAAGUACCUCAGUGAACCAGGAGUUUGACAAGCCACAUCAAGAGACUGAGCCUGAAGCAAAAUUACCUGGGAUUCAUCUGAAUGGAGAACAAUUUUCUGAAAGGGAGAGCUUCGCUCAGAGCAAAAUGGUCCUUUGCCGUCCCUCCAUCAACACGGAAGAGAAUCAAUCUUCACCACCUCAAUUCACUCAGAAGCUCCGGAGCCAGGAAGUUGCUGAAGGAAACAAAGUAUUGCUGGAAUGCAGAGUUGCUGGCAACCCAGUCCCUGAUGUCAGAUGGUUCUGUGAAGGAAAAGAACUCCAGAAUUCCCCUGACAUUCAGAUCCGUUCUGGAAGUGGAGGACUUCAUUCACUAAUUAUAGCAGAAGCCUUUGAAGACGAUACUGGACGCUAUACUUGUCUGGCUUCAAAUUCCAUUGGUUCAGACAGUACAUCAGCUGAAAUAUUCAUUGAAGGUGCCAGUUCCACAGAUUCAGAGAGUGAAAGUUUAAUUUUCAAAUCAAAAUCUGGAGCUAUGCCACAGGCCCAAAAGAAAACCACCUCCGUUUCCUUGACAAUAGGGUCUUCUACACCAAAGUCUGGAGUCACCACAGCUGUAAUUCAACCUAUCUCUGUGCCCAGUCAGCAGGUUCAAAGCCCUACUUCAUACCUGCACCGUCUGGAUGGACCCAAGCCUAGCUAUUCUGCACCCAUUUUUACAAAGGAGCUACAAAACUCCACAGCAUCUGAGGGACAAGUCGUGGUAUUGGAAUGCAGGGUCAGAGGACCCCCUCCCAUUCUUGUUAAGUGGUUUCGACAGGGCAUUGAAAUUCAAGAUUCUCCAGACUUCAGAAUUCUCCAAAAAAAGCCACGGUCUGCAACUGAACCUGAAGAGAUAUGUACCCUUGUAAUUGCAGAAACUUUUCCUGAAGACUCAGGACUUUUCACAUGCACAGCAACAAAUGAACAUGGUUCAGUAACAAGCAGUGCACAACUAACUGUCUGCUCAGCCAACUCAGAAAGUUCUAGUCAUGAAUCACUGACAAGAGACUCCAACAGUGAUGAUUUCCAUCAUUUCCCACCACUUCCUCCAGUUGAAAUCAGCUCUCUUGAGCUUCUUCCUAAGAAACAUACAGAGACCCACCAAGCAAACAACACGGAGUUGAGAUCUGGUGUGACAGCCCUUCAACUACAGCUCAAUUCAUCUGAGGAAAAAACAAAUGGCAUCCAUCCCAUUCAUGGAGUUAAUGGAAUGAUUAACAAGUCAAAUGGUGAUAAAACCAUCCCACCUCCAGCUGUCUUGCUUUCACCCACAAAGGAGCCACCACCUGUGCUUGCCAAACCAAAGCUGGACCCUAUAAAAAUACAGCAGCUGCAGAACCAAAUUCGUCUGGAGCAAGAAAGCGGCCAGCGGUAUCGUCACCAACAGCAACCUGAUCAUCAGCAGCACCCUCCCUCUUCUCCUUCCUUUCCUCCUCCCCCCUCCUUCCAGGAGCUUGAGUCCAGCCAGUCUGUCACUUCUCCUGUGCCAAUGAGUAUUCUUAACUCUCAUACUUCCCCAACCAUGCAGUCUUCCAGCUCCUUCAACUAUGCUCGGCCUAAGCAGUUCAUUGCUGCUCAGAACAUCAGCCCUGCUUCGGGUUAUGUGACUCCAUCUUCAGGAUCAUCUACAUCCAGCCUUCCUUCUCCUAUGUCUCCAACUGCUUCUCAGAAACAGUUUGGGAGAGUGCCUGUUCCCCCUUUCUCUCAGCAGUUUGCUCCAGAAGGGGAGUACGCCUGGUCUCCUUCUUCUCCAUCCCCUCCGCCCCCGCCUCCCCCUGUCUUUAGUCCAACCGCAGCAUAUCCGGUGUGUGAUUCCUUUCCACUUCCACCUCCUCCACCCCCUCCUCUUCCUUCACUUUCUUCACCUUCCCACAGCCUGUCUCCAACUCCCAGAUUUCCUAAUUCCGGCCAGUCUCCAGCAGCUUUUCUCAGCUCCAUGUUGCCAUCCCAGCCACCACCCGUUUCUGUCAACGCAUUAGGCCUCCCGAAAGGAGUGAUGCCUCCGGGAUUUCCCAAGAAAACAGGCAGAACUGCUAGGAUAGCAUCAGAUGAAGAGAUUCAAGGGUCAAAAGAUGCUGUAAUUCAGGAUCUGGAAAGAAAACUUCGCUUCAAGGAAGACCUUUUGAACAAUGGGCAACCGAGAUUAACGUAUGAGGAGAAAAUGGCUCGUCGGUUGCUGGGAGCAGACAGUGCUGCAACUGUCUUCAACAUACAGGAACCAGAAGAGGAGCCUGCUAUACAGGAGUAUAAAGUCUCCAGCUUUGAGCAAAGAUUGAUCAGUGAAAUUGAAUACAGGCUGGAGAGAUCUCCUGUGGAAGAAUCAGAUGACGAGGUGCAACAUGGAGAUGAACCUAUUGAUAACAGUAUGUCACCGUAUUUUGAGAUAAAGCUGAAGCAUUACAAAGUCUUUGAGGGAAUGCCAGUCACAUUUACAUGCAAAGUGGCAGGAAAUCCAAAGCCAAAGAUUUAUUGGUUUAAAGAUGGGAAGCAAAUUUCUAAACGAAGUGAUCACUACCGAAUUCAAAGAGAACCUGAUGGAACUUGCUCACUGCAUACUGCAGCCUCCACCCUGGAUGAUGAUGGGAAUUACACUAUUAUGGCUGCUAACCCACAGGGCAGAAUAAGCUGCACGGGCAGGCUGAUGGUUCAAGCUGUAAAUCAAAGAGGCCGCAGUCCUUGGUCACCUUCUGGUCAGCCUCAUAUGAGAAGACCACGAUCUCGAUCAAGGGACAGUGGUGAUGAAAAUGAACCAAUUCAGGAACGAUUCUUCCGGCCUCAUUUUCUGCAGGCUCCCGGAGACCUGACUGUUCAAGAAGGAAAGCUAUGCCGAAUGGACUGCAAGGUUAGUGGAUUACCGACUCCCGAUCUAAGCUGGCAACUUAACGGAAGACCGAUUCGUCCCGAUAGUUCUCACAAAAUGUUGGUGCGUGAGAAUGGCGUACACUCCUUGAUCAUAGAACCGGUCACAGCCAGAGAUGCUGGAAUCUACACGUGUAUUGCCAGCAAUCGAGCUGGUGAAAAUACAUUCAGCCUGGAGCUCAUUGUUGCAGCUAAAGAAGUACACAAAGCACCUGUGUUUAUAGAGAAGCUACAAAACACAGGUGUGACUGAGGGAUUCCCAGUGCGACUGGAGUGUCGAAUCUCGGGGGAGCCCUCUCCUCAGAUAUUUUGGAAGAAAGAGAACGAGUCACUCACAUACAACACUGACCGAGUGAGCAUGCACCAGGAUAACUACGGCUACAUCUGCCUGCUUAUCCAGGGAGCUACAAAGGAGGAUGCUGGUUGGUACACCGUUUCAGCCAAGAAUGAGGCUGGGAUUGUGUCUUGCACUGCCAGGUUGGAUGUUUAUACUCAGUGGCAACAACCACCUCAGACAACCAAGCCAAAGAAGGUGCGGCCCUCAGCCAGCCGAUACGCGGCACUUUGUGACCAAGGACUAGACAUCAAAGCAGCUUUCCAGCCUGAAGCAAAUCCAGUCCACCUGACGAUGCAGCCUGGCUUGGUAGAGAGCGAUGAUCUGUAGAUCCGGCGGCCGCUUCCAUCGUUUUCUUUCAAAGCAGAAACACUGAAAGCCAUUGCCUUGACCAAUGAUACUCCUAUGUCACUUUAUGCAAAGGCAGACACCUUCAAGUACGAAAGAUAAACAACAAACACAAUAACCAUAUAUUCCUUAUUCAUUAUACCAAAUUAGAAGAAUAGCUAGGUUAUUAAUAGAAAUGUACACAUUGCACAACAAAUCACGUUCACCAGUUCCUUAUACCUAAGUUGCUUCAGCUCUUACGAGUAACCCUUUCCAUAAAGGCCGAAAUACAUCAGAGAGACAGAUUUUUCAGAAGAGAACACUAUUUAUCACUACAUGCCUUCAUGAGCAGUAAGUAGAUGCUACACAAUCUUAAUGGUGCAAGAUGUUUUAUUUGAGGCCAUGAGAUCACAAAGAAAAUUAGAAUGUAUGGUUACCUAUAGUUCUAAAAUGGCAAUGCAUUCUGAGAGCUACAACGAACAAGUGCAAUAUUGUAAGAAUAAAACAGGAGGGGACAAGCAAGAGAAACGUAAGCAAAUGCUGUAUCUCUGCACACUGCUUUCUGUUCUACA